UUGAAGAAGCAGGAAAGAGGUAAAAAAAAAGUAUCGAGAAAUAAAAAUACAUACAACACCAGGAGUUCGCUGGUCGUCACCGACCCGGCUACUAUUCCGGCGCUCAUCUGGUUAUCAAUCGGAGAUCGGACGGGAUCCAGAUUUUUCAGGUGGCUGUGGUCGUAUGUG